CAGAACUCGUUCCUCCAAACCCGGAAGUUCCGCUGCAGUACCUAAACAGGACGCCAGGGGCCCGAAAUCUAAUCGUUUUCAGGUCUCAUCGAGACCUACCCAUAUCCCGAAUGACAAUACAAUCCAUCCAAGCGUUCUCGAGUUAUUCUGGUCGUCUACAUACAAACAUUCGCAUGUUCUCUGAGCUUGGCUGUCAUCGUAUCUAGAUACCCUCACGUACCAUAAUAAUCCUUUGUUUAACUUAAGCUCAAAGGUAAUGUUCCCGACAUGACUUGCGGAAACCAUUCGAAACAAGAUGGCGACCUCAAUUCUGAAGGAAAUUUCUAACGACUUUCUCGAGUGUCAGAUAUGCCUGCAAUCCUUCCGUGAACCUAAAAUACUUCCGUGUCUGCAUACUUUUGGCAAGGGAUGUCUGGCUGAAUAUGCCAAAGCCCACUGCGUCGAUGGCGACCAAAUAGAGUGUCCAACCUGUAGAAGUAAGUCACCACUUCCGGGUGGGACCGUUGACGGACUCAAGAACAACUUCUUCGUCGAAAGUUUGAAGGAUACCGUUAACCUUCACAAGACGUUGGAGUCAGAAGGACCAGAAAUCGUGUGUAGCAACCCUUAUUGUGACUCAAAAGGUCAAGCUACUUCGCGAUGUCUUAACUGUGACGAACUGUUGUGUGCCGAGUGUGUAUUGGCUCAUUUGCGUAUCAAAGUGACAAGAGACCAUACGGUGUUGGGACUGGAUGAGCUAAGGGGAGAGGGGCAAGCGUUAAGUGUGCGACACGUACAGGGACAACCCUGCAGUGAACACCCGGACGAGGUGGUCAAAUUCUUCUGUGACACAUGUCAGAUACCCAUGUGUCGCGACUGUGCACUGCUCAAACACAGAGAGCAUGCUUUCACUCACCUGAAGGACCAUAGCCCAUCGGUUAGGGCAAAAUUGCAAAAUAAGAUCGACCAGGUAAAGGCAAAAGCUGACGACUGUCGAGCAAUACGCUCUCAGCUGCAGAAUCAACUCGAGAAAGAAAAACAGACUGAAGAAAGUAUAAACCUUAAGAUCGUCGAUACAGCCUCAAGGCUGAAGGAAAGUAUAAUUUCGGAAAUAGACAAACGUAAAGAGGCUCUCCUGGCGGAACACAGGAAAAUUGCAGCACUCAGACAAAAGCUUUUGUCAUCAGAAGAAGAUGACGUUGGCACCACUCUUGCUCACUACACAAGUGCUGUGGACUUUGCAGAGAAGCUGGGGUCGUAUGGGAGUGACUAUGAGGUCACGGUAGUUGGUUCUGAAACCGAGGAACGACUUAGCGUCCUCGGAGGGGAGCAAGUUCCUGAUCAUGAAGAGUUGCCUCCACUUACCUUUGAUCCAUCCACCCAGGUGCCUACAGUACACGUGGGAUCGGUCCGUGGAGCUAUCAAAGUUUGCGAAAGGAAACUUUCUUGUGGUCAUGCUUGUGACGUACAACACUUGCGGGGCCGAUGUGAAGACGUCAAAAACAAGAAGGGUUGUUCUAGAGGGCAUCAGGUUUUUAUCAGGCGGGAAUCGGAAAGUCCAAGAACGGUCACGAUCGAUGAUGUCCGCCUUGACGAGUCCGUGGCUUCGUUGAAAGAAAAAUACUGCCGUAGGAUGAACACAGAUGUGGAAACGUCAUUGGUGUUCGGUGGAAAGGCGCUCCGUGAUGACCUAACACUGAGAAGCUAUGGAAUCGGAUUUAACAGCACACUGUUCCUGCACAGGACCGGAGAACUCCCAGCGAUCAAAGCAGAUCAAGAGUAACAUCGAGGGGGACUUGCAAGGUGUUAGACAGAAACUUAAUAGUAUCCUCAAUUCAAUCUUUUAAUUGUAAUCUGUUGAUACCCUGCCUCAUUACAGUAAUGUAGCUACAAAUUUAUCGAGCUACAUCGUACUACUCGUACGUAUUACAUAUACCGUUUUUCAGCCGACUUUCUUGAACGACAUCUAUUGUCAAAAUCAAUAUGUUUAAGAAGGAACAACUGACCCUUACCAGAUAUUAGCCUGAGUACCAGUUAAUGAUAAUUCUAAAUCAUCGUAGGCCAUUAAAGCUUGCUUUGUGCA